AUGCCGAAUUUAGAAAGGCUUUUGGCAGAACAGGAGAACUUGGCAAAAAAUAGAAAGUAUGGAUUCUAUGCAAUUCCCCUGCCAGAGAAGCCGGGGAGAAACAUCACAAGAUGGGAAUGCGGAGUGCCAGGGCCCCAUGAGGGUGUAUACAAGGGAUCCUACUAUACGCUGUAUGUGGACUUUCCGGAAGACUAUCCGUUUCAACCUCCCCAGGUAUUGUUUAAGUAUCCUGUGUACCACCCGAAUGUCUAUCCUACCAAUCAGGUAUGCCUUGAUAUUAUUGGAGACAGGUGGAAGCCCAGCCUAAAUGUUAUGAAUGUGCUGUGUGGGGUCCAGCAACUUCUUGGGGCCCCCAACACGCGCAGCCCUGCAAAUACAGAUGCUAGCCUGUGCUUUAAGAAGGAUCCUGAAAAGUACAUGGAGUGUGUAAAGGAGAACAUCAGAAAAUAUCAUAGAAGGCCAGAGUGGAGGGGGCUAUGA